GCGGUGGCGGUGGUGGUGGCGGCGGCGGCGCUGGGACGGGAACGCGCGCAGGAGCUAGAGAGCCUCGGUCUCCGCAUUAGCCCGGCCCGCAGCUUCGGGUUCUCAGGCGGCUGCAGCUCGGGAACGGGUGUUUGGGGAGGGGGGUGGGGGGACGCCAGGCAGGCGGGACCCGAAAGCGAUGAAUCCUCGGCUCUUCCUCCUCCUCCUCCGGGACCCGCUCUCUGCCUGCCGCUCCAACGCCCGGAUGAUCUGAGCCGCGAGGGCGCCGAGAGCCGGCGGCCCGGACGCAGCCCGGCUCCUCCCCUCCUCCGCCCCCUCCCCGGCCUGACCCGGCCCGCCGCCACCGCCGCGGUGACCCCCUCUUCGCCCCCUCCCCGGCCGCCGCCGCCGCCUCGGCCGACCAGGGACCUGUCCGCCCGCGGCUGCUCCGGACCUCGAGGAUCAAGACAUAAUGGGAGCAUUUUUAGACAAGCCAAAGAUGGAGAAGCAUAAUGCCCAGGGGCAGGGUAAUGGGCUGCGAUACGGGCUCAGCAGCAUGCAGGGCUGGCGUGUUGAGAUGGAGGACGCACACACAGCUGUGAUCGGUUUGCCAAGUGGACUCGAGACAUGGUCAUUCUUUGCUGUGUAUGAUGGGCAUGCUGGUUCUCAGGUUGCCAAAUACUGCUGUGAGCAUUUGUUAGAUCAUAUUACCAAUAACCAGGAUUUUAAAGGGUCUGCAGGCGCACCUUCUGUGGAAAAUGUAAAGAAUGGAAUCAGAACAGGUUUCCUGGAGAUUGAUGAGCACAUGAGAGUUAUGUCAGAGAAGAAACAUGGUGCAGAUAGAAGCGGGUCAACAGCUGUGGGUGUCUUAAUUUCUCCCCAACAUACUUAUUUCAUUAACUGUGGAGACUCAAGAGGUUUACUUUGUAGGAACAGGAAAGUUCACUUCUUCACGCAAGAUCACAAACCAAGUAAUCCGCUAGAAAAAGAACGAAUUCAGAAUGCAGGUGGCUCUGUAAUGAUUCAGCGCGUGAAUGGCUCUCUGGCUGUAUCAAGAGCACUUGGGGAUUUUGAUUACAAAUGUGUCCAUGGAAAAGGUCCUACAGAGCAGCUUGUCUCACCAGAGCCUGAAGUCCAUGAUAUUGAAAGAUCUGAAGAAGAUGAUCAGUUCAUUAUCCUUGCCUGUGAUGGCAUCUGGGAUGUUAUGGGAAACGAAGAGCUCUGUGAUUUUGUAAGAUCCAGGCUUGAAGUCACUGAUGACCUUGAGAAAGUUUGCAAUGAAGUAGUCGACACCUGUUUGUAUAAGGGAAGUCGAGACAACAUGAGUGUGAUUUUGAUCUGUUUUCCAAAUGCACCCAAGGUAUCGCCAGAUGCGGUGAAGAAGGAAGCAGAGCUGGACAAGUACCUGGAAAGCAGAGUAGAAGAAAUCAUAAAGAAGCAGGGGGAAGGCGUCCCGGACUUAGUCCAUGUGAUGCGCACGUUAGCCAGCGAGAACAUCCCCAGCCUCCCACCAGGGGGCGAACUGGCAAGCAAGCGGAAUGUAAUUGAAGCCGUUUACAAUAGACUGAAUCCUUACAAAAAUGACGACACGGACUCUACAUCAACUGAUGAUAUGUGGUAAAACUGCUCAUCUAGCCAAGAAGUUUACCUUCACCUCCAAAGGAGAGGACAACUCAACUUGGUUGACCUUUAACAUCCAUCCUCAGCUUUCAGGAAGGGGACCUGACGUGGGUGAGAGUGAUGACACCAGGGAACUUCAGCAGUACAACAGCUAGCCCAGAACCGAAUUUUUUUUUUUUUUUGUAAAUUUGAGAUUUAUGUAAACGUGAUUUCAAACCAUAAUUCAUGUUGUAAAUCAGACUCCAGCAAUUUUUGUUGUAUGAUUUUGUUUUUUUGUAAAGUGUAAUUGUCCUUGUACAAAAUGCUCAUAUUUAAUUAUGAACUGCUUUAAAUCACUAUCAAAGUUACAAGAAAUGUUUGGCUUGUUGUGUGAUGCAACAGAUACGUAGCCCUUUCAAGUCAUGUUGUGUUUGGACGUGGGGUUGGGACAGGGAGAGCAGCAGCAAGCAGUUAGAUGUUCAAACGUGCACGUGAUUAUGGAGAAUAAUUUCAAAAUCUUACAAAACUGAACAUCCAAGGAGUUACUGAAAGCUACCCUAAUGUUCUGGUAGGGGAUUGGCAUUGUUGGCAAAGCUGGUCCCUCCGUCUAACUGUCAGGAUGUUCUCUCCUUGUUGCCAUGGGUAUUUGCAGGUAAUACGGUAUAUUCAUAAGAAUAUCAAUCUUGGGCAAAAAAAUGCCUUGAUUCUUUGCACCUCUUUUACAAGUCCUUACAUUUAAUUACUAAUUGAUAAGCAGUAGCUUCCUACCUAUCAAAGGAGACUGCCACAUUUUUGCUAUCAUGAUUGGCUGGGCCUGCUGCUGUUCCUAGUAAGAUAUUCUGAAUUACAUUUUUCAAUAAAGCUUGAUUUAACAAACAAGAAAUUUAAUCAUGUAUGUGUAAUUCCUCUUUUACCCCGGCCUUUUAAAACACCAUGCCAUUGUAAAUGAGAUGUUUCUCUUAGGGGAAAGAUGUUAGUCUCUUUUAAUUGGUCAACUCUGUUACUCAAGGCAUAGAUGGAACUGUUUCCCUUACAUUAGAAAGACUAAAAGAUUUAAGUUUCUGUUGUUCCUUAAUCUGUUUUUCAAAUAGGUUUCUUUUGGGCUGCUUAUUUUUCAUUAAGAUGUGCAUCAGCUUGAAUUUGUCUACUGUUCAAUUAAAAUAAUUGUCAAAGUUUGGCAAUCUAACACUCUGUGGUAGGGGUGUGUGUGUGUGUGUGUGUGUGUGUGUGUGUGUGUGUGUGCCUUUGAUUUUUAAUUGACACAUGUAGAAUUCAAGUGGUUAAGACAUAUUUGUGAUUUGAAAUAUAGCAUGUUGAUAAUGUUUAGCUGUUGGCCUUUAAAAAUAACUUUCAAAGCUUAUGGAAUUGUAGAUAUAAAAAUAACCUAAUUUACUUUAGGCUUAAAUUUCUCUGAGUAAGCAUGUGAAAGUAAGUUUUCAAAUCUGUCACAUUGAAAAGACUACUGUUCUGUGCCCUUCUGUAUUUUUGUCUCUUUAAGUUGAAUAUUGUAUUUAUCACCGUGUAAUUUUAAUCAUUCCGUAGGCAGAGUCCCCACUAGAAAACUACUAAAAUGUAAGACUAAAAUACAACAUUGAAUACAAAAUGAAAACUUUGUGUAUAAAAGCUAGUAUAAGCCAUUUUGUUCUAUUUGUUUUUUCCCUAUCUUGGAAAUAUACAUAUUUGUAUAUAUAUAGCCUUAAAACUAAUGUAAAGUUAGGGAAGUAGUGGGAAAAGUAAUGUGAAAUGUCUCAGAUUUAAGUAGUUACAUACCAGCAAAAUCUUUUCAUUAUCCCUCUUAUUUGUGAGGUGAUUAAAUGUAAUUUAAUUGUAUUUAAUUUAUAUCUUAAUCCAGCAUGAAUGAAGAAAAACUGAAGUACUAUUUAUAUUUAGAAAUUCCUAUCAAUUGGAAUUACAGAAGCAAUUCCAUGCUUACAAUAAAUGCUUAAUGUCUAAAUCUGUGGUAGAGUGCAACAUAUGAUAAUGUUCUAAGUUAUGGCUUUGCAAGCAUCUAAAUGUGCAUUUAAUGAAUACCAGUGCUAGAUUGGUUACUAGACAUACUAGUACUGAAAGCUAAAUCCCUAUUGGUAUAAGCCAGUUCCUUAAUUUUUUAAGUAGCCUGAAGUUUUUAGUUCCAGAAAUUUCAAAACCUCAAACUAGACUGUAUAAUCUUUUGAGAUGCAAAACUUAAGUCACAAGUAGAAUUCAUAUUGGAAAGCUGUAUUUCAAUCCGUAACAGCAUAUUUAGAGCCUUUUUAAAUGUGAGUCAUUAAACAAAAAAAAAUUAAAAUAUUUCUCUGAUAAAAUUAUGCUUAAAAUUGAGAGAAAACUGUAUUUAAGUAUGAUUUACGAAGACUAAAUCUUUUCCACAUAGUCGGCACUGACAUCCAUAAUAAAUAUAAUUCUUCGUUAUAAAAAUACAGGAAAGACGUAUGCGUUGUAACAGCAGGUGUGUGUUCCUGAUUCCUGGGGGCAGUGGUGGGGGAGGGGAACCAAUCACUUUUUAAAGGCACUUUUGCACCUCUCUUGUGCACUUAAUUUUUGUACCACUUAAAUUCUUAACCCCUCACCCCCCUUUUUUGUGCAAAUUAGCAUCUCAGGGCAAUGCCUCAAAAAUGUUUGAUGUGUUCUGUGUUCUUUGGAAGAAGAAAGUUCUUGUGUUACAGUGAUAGAGUGUUCAGAUUAUACUUUCAUUUAAAUGUCUUAUUUGCUGUUUUUAGUAGGAAAUUCAGUUUUAUAUAGCAGGCUCUUUACUCUAACAUUAAAAAAUUUCAUUGAUCUCACUGAUCUCUUACCAUUUUAAUGAGACAGGAUCUCCUAAUUUCAACUUUCUUGAGAAAUAUAUUCUUAAAGAUGACAGAAGGAGUUCUAAGUAUCGACACUAUCUUUAAAACAUGAGUGAUACUUGGCUUUAUAAGUAUCUCAGAUGUAUCUUUAAUUGUAGUGGAUUAACUUCAAGAAUACUAUGCAACUGCUGUGGCCACUUAAUUUUUACAUAACUUGAAGAUAUUUGAAUGAGGCUGGGCUUGAGGGCUCACACCUAUAAUCCUAGCACUCUGGGAGGCCAAGGCGGGUGGUGGAUUGCCUGAGCUCAGGAGCUCAAGACCAGCCUGAGCAAGAGUGAGACCCUGUUUCUACUAAAAAUAGAAAAUACUAGCUGGACAUUGUGGUGGGCACCUAUAGUCCCAGCUACUCAGGAGGCUGAGGCAGGAGGAUCACUUCAGCCCAGGAGUGUGAGGUUGCUGUGAGCUAUGAUGCCAUGGCACUCUACCCACAACAACAAAGUGAGACACUGUAUCAAGAAAAGAAAAAAAUUUUUUGAAUUAAGGAAUAAAUUACAUAAUUCAAAUAUAUGAAUUAUAGCAGUACUCUGAGUGAUCAUCCUUUUGACUGUGUGUUAAUCCAGCUAAUAACUCAGCUUUUCCAUAAAAAGUUUUGAGUGUUAUCUGGAAAACACUUCUAGCCUAAGCACCUUGGGACUAUAAAGAGACGAAUAGGUUCUUGUCUUCAAGGAGUUUACAUUAGGGCUGAAUUUAUAAUCUAGUUAUGUUAAUGUUGUGACUGGAUUAUUCAUUUUAAAAAAUAGUUAUUGUCUACCUAUUAUCUGCCAGGUACUUGCCUAAAUAAAGCAGGCCCCUACUCUCAUUAGCCUGUUUGUACUUUAUUCACUUGAAAUUUUUUCUUCUGUUUAUUUUCUUCUCUCCAGACUUAAAAAUAUCAAUCAAUAGAAAAUUUUGCUCAGCAUAAGAAUAAAAUUGUACUGAUGAGGCUUAAGUCCGUUCAUUAUGCUUGAUUGCCUGUAACUGACGGCCUUUACUCUUCCUGCUGACAGCAGUGAUCAGAGAAAUAGGGAAUGGAUUUCCUAGAUUCUCCGACCAUGGAAGGCAGGUGGGGUUGAGCUUAUGUUAUUUAAAAAUAUAAACAGCUAAAUUUAUUUUAUUUAAGUAAAACUCUGUUCUUUAUAACACACUGCCAUUGUCGUAUGAAAUUUUAGCCAAAUGAUUAUUAUGUGUUUUAAUAUUUUAAAAUAAUUUCACUGCCCAUUUUUAUUGGACAAAUACAUUUGAGAAUUCAACUUGUAAUUUCUGGAAGAACUGAUGAAAUUAGUUACUGCUUUUUUGUGUGUUUUAAUUUUUAAUCUUGUGGUGUAUACUUUUGGCUCAUACUUUGCUAUUUUGUACAGUAUUAUAUUAGGCCAGGGUAUCAGAAAAGAUAAUACUCCAGUGUAUAAAAGUGUUUCUCAUUUGAGGUUUUCCUUUGCAUAAAGUUUAGUAUACUUUUACUUACAGACAGGUGACCAUUUUUGAGUGUCUAAUCUUCUAGUUUUCCUUUUAGGCAUUAGGAAGUCUUAAAAUGUUAGAAGCCUAAUUUUAACAUAUUCCCUUCAAUAAUGUGCCAUGUGUUUGGUUUGUAUUUGUUUUAAAUUGUAUGUUACUUUGGAAAAUGCUUGAAAUAUUUAAGAAUACAUUUUCGAAAUGUAUAAUACUAUAUUGUCUUGUUGAUUGAAAUUAUAAGUCUUAGUUCAAUGUUCAUUAUUACUGAUACUUAGAAUGUGCUACAGAAAUGAGAGACAUUGUUCUACUUCAUUAUCAAAUGAACAUGUUCCACUUUUGUUCACCUCAACACAGAUUCUUUCCCUUUUACCUGUUUUUUAUUCUGAGUGGCCUCUGCUGUCAUUAUUUUCCUAUUUAUAUCACCAUCAGGUAGGAGUGCCAAUGAGGGAAACCCAGAUGGUAUUGAAAUUGCAGUUAACAGCUUACACUUUUACAAAGGGAGAAAGAUUAAGUUCAUAUAGCAACAAAGUGACUUUUUUUUUCCUUAUUCUACGUGAAAUGUUGCUCUCAUUUCCUCUACUUCAUUAUAGUGUCUUUUUUCAGACUGAAACAGGCCAAUUCCAUUUUCUUGAGCAAGGAAGUUUAGUGCAUUACCUCAUCAAGGCCAAUUAAUACUGUUAAUACUGUGUUAAACUGGGCUGAAAAUACGAAGUCUUGGGAGAUGGAAGAAUGGGGAAAUGGCAGUGAGACAGGCAGGGGAGGGCUACUCUUCAUCCUUAAAAGCCAUAGCAAAGUCUUCCUUGGACCUGGCUGUACAUUUUUUUUAAACUUGUGUCACAUAAACCAGCAAGAAUCAACUUUUGCUGCUUCAGAUAACUUGGUUUUUCUAGCAAGGAAGAUAAUGAUAAAACUUACUGAUUAUUCGAAAUAGAAACAACUGAGAAAAAAUAAGUGUGCUGUUUCUCCGAUACAGAUCUGAACCUAUCAUUUCUUUUCAUUGCUCUAAAACUCAGUUUUCUAUUAAUGGCUUUCUCAUUAAACUAAAUGUUUAGGAAAUUUGGCAUUUUUUUUGUUUGUUUGUUUGUUACCUUUUUCACAGUCCUCCUGAUCCAGUGAAAGGCCACUUAGCUUUAUGUGGUGUGUGUGUUACUAUCUAAAUAAAUCUAGAUUUGCGUGAGACUGGGCAGCUGCAGAGCAGAGCUGGUUAGAUCCUGAUUAGGUGCAAUAAGUGGCAGAGAAUCAUUUUAGCAAAGUUCCUUAUCCUUUUGGAGUCACUGGUCCUUUGAGACUGAUGAAGCCUGGGGACUCCCUUACCCAAGAAAAUGCAUCUAAUAUACAUAACUCCCCAAAAUGUAUAAUAUUGCAGUGGUUCAUUGACCCCUUGGUUAAGGUCCCAUUCUGAAGUAUAAUGGGGCAUCAUCUUUUGUGCAAAGCCCAUAUGUAGAUUGCAAAGUAAUAACUUGAGUUUAUCUUAAGGAAUAGUUCACUCUUUAAAAGAUAGAGGAGGUGGAUGGGGGCCUGCCCAGAAUCUGAUAUAUUAAAAUAUACUUUUAAAAAAUACUAAAUUGAGGGGAAAUGAGUGAUUAAAGGUAAAAAGAAACAUGGUAUCCAGACUAGUUUUGGAGGGUAACGUCUUUCUCUAAGAUUUGCCACUUUUAAAAUUCUGCAGAAAAGAAAGUAAAACAGAAAUUGAACGUGUCCAGAACGCAUCUCACCUCCGUGUGCACAUACGCUGUGUUAACACGUUUAACUGUCAGAGCUCGCUCGGGUUUUAGCAUCUGGAGCUUCCCGGUAAUAAGACUUCGCUGUAUGUUUAAUUCAUUUCAGAUUCUAAAGAAUUAGGUGUUUACUAAUACAGAAUAUUAAAACAGAAUCUCAGGUGGACAGCCAUCAGUGUGCAAGGUUAAUGAUCUUUCUACUAAAGUACAAAUAUAAUGAAAAAGUGUUGCCAAAAUUCAUGUUCAAUUACAACUUAAUUCCCAUUUGUGAGAAUUUUGGAACAUAGAAACUAUUGUUUUACCUUGUUAGCUGUUGACUGAAAAUAACUUAUGUGCAGGAAAAUACCUUGUUUGUAGUGAUAUGCCCCAAUACUAAUUGAUUUCACCUUUGAAAUGAUUUAUUUCACUGAAUUUGUAUCAAUGAAAUGAGUGGAGAGACAUGUACGUGUUAAAAGCAUGUUGCAUUAUAGAUUCCUUUUUUAAAAAACUAUAAAUGUCAAACUAACACAAUUGCAGAAAUAUUUUUCUUAAACACAAUGUGUAACAAAAUUCUCCAUAUUAACUCAACCAGUUUGUAGUUUAUGUGAUCCAAACUUUUAAAGAAAUUCCAUAAGUGUGUAUUUUGUAUUAUGUAUCAUUUCCUGGUCCAAAGAAAAUAUGUGAACUCAGUUUUGACUUUAAGAAUGUACUUUUUGUUUUCAAGUCCAUUGGAGAAAUUGCAUUCAGCCUGUCAAUGGUUGGAGAUUGUAUUUGAAAAGUAGAAAUAAUUUCUAGUUUGCAAAACUGGUGUCACUAAAUAAACAGGCAAUU